AUGACUGUCGUUUCCAAGCUUGACGCUUCUGACAAGGCACGCAACAUAAUUGCAAAGGAGACAGAUCGUCUCAGGAGUCAGCUCGAGAAAGUGUGCCUCGACAUUCAUUCACACCCAGAGCUAUGUUACGAGGAAGAAUUUGCUCACGAUACCAUAUGCAAAUUUCUCGAGACCAAUGGAUUCACCGUAAAGCGUCACGCAUAUAAUAUCUCAACAUGCUUCGAGGCUGAAAUAGGCGCUGGAGAGCAUUCUAUUGUGUACUGUGCAGAGUACGAUGCGCUGGCCGGCAUCGGACAUGCAUGCGGCCACAAUCUCAUCGCCUUGUCAAGCAUCACCGCGUUCGUCACAGCAGCAAAGGCAGCCGUUGAACUCGGCCUCGCUGGUAGAAUCCGUAUCUUGGGGACGCCUGCUGAAGAAGGAGGUGGUGGCAAGAUCCGACUCCUGGACGCCGGUGCAUUCGACGGAGCAGCUGCAGCGCUCAUGUCACAUCCGACCAGCAUGGACCGGAUCAAAGAGGUUGAAGGUUUAGCUGGAGCGGCUGGUCUCGUUACUGUCGCUGCGACAAAGGUCACGGCCGAAUUCUUUGGAAAAGCGGCGCAUGCUGGUGCCACGCCUUGGCAAGGUUAUAAUGCGCUUGAUGCUGCUGUUGGCUCAUAUGUGAACAUUUCCAUGAUGAGACAGCAGAUCAAGCCUGCCGAACGCAUCUCUGGCAUCAUUACUAAUGGCGGAACUGCCUCUAAUGUUAUACCCGAUAAGACGAGCAUGGAGUAUAGUAUCCGCAGCAGCACGGCUCACGCGUGUAAUGAUCUGAUUGGAAGAGUGACGAACUGCUUUGAAGCUGCUGCCGCCGCCACGAACUGCAAAGUUGAGACAGGAUCACCAUUUAUAUACAAAGACCAGAUCCUCAACUCGGUACUUUGCGAAACAUUCACUUAUGAAAUGGCUCUGCUGGGCGACAAUUUCCUCCCAAUGGCCAAGGAAGCCGUUUCAGCAGCCACUGAUAUGGGUAUGUAA